ACCACUCUAAUAAGUAAAAAUGGCUCCAACCCAAUUCCCGAAAUCUAAAAUAAGUGAUGAUGGGAUUGGGAAAGAUGCAAAUGAAAUUGAAUUAGAGAUUGAGGAGGAGCAACUAAGCCAAGAAUGUAAGAAACUUAUUCUCAAUCUCCCAAGAGAGAAAGGUUGGAGAACACCUUAUCUCUAUUUAUACCAAGGCUUUUGGUGCCAACCAACUGAAAUUCUAGCCAUAAGCACUUUUCAAAAGCACUUCCAAGCAAAAGACACUGAUGUGCUUAUAGCCACUGUCCCGAAAUCAGGGACAACAUGGUUGAAAGCACUCACCUUUGCCACUUUAAAGCGCAACUACUAUUCCCCUGCCUCUGGAAACCAUCCUUUACUUGAAUCCAAUCCCCAUAACCUUGUUCCUUUCUUUGAAUACACACUCUAUAGUACCAAAGAAAAUGUCCCUGAUCUUUCUGAUUUAUCUGAGCCUAGAAUCUUUGGCACUCAUGUUCCUUUCGCUUCAUUGCCGAAUUCAAUUGUGAAAGAUACCAAAACCAAGAUAGUAUACAUUUGCAGGAACCCUUUUGACACUUUCGUGUCGUCGUGGUUUUUCACCAACAAAAUCAAGCCGGCGAGUUCGCCGGAGUUGCCAAUAGAAGAAGCUUUUGAUUUGUACUGCAAAGGAGUUGUGGGGUAUGGUCCAUUUUGGGAUCAUAUGUUGGGGUAUUGGAAAGAGAGCAUUGAGAGGCCAAACAAGGUUUUGUUCUUGAAAUAUGAGGAUUUGAAAGAAGAUGUCAAUCUCCAAUUGAAAAGGGUGGCUAUGUUCUUGGAUUGCCCUUUUACUUUGGAGGAAGAGAAUUGUGGUGUGGUUGAGAGCAUAGUGAAGCUGUGUAGCUUUGAGAAUAUGAAGGAGUUGGAAGUAAAUAAGAAAGGGACAUUUGGUAGGAACUUUGAGAACAAGUUCUUGUUUAGGAAGGGUGAGAUUGGUGACUGGGUUAACUAUUUUACUCCUUCAAUGGUGGAAAAGUUGACCAAAGUCAUGGAAGAGAAGUUCUGUGGGUCAGGUUUGUCGUUCAGGUUGCAUUUAGAUUCUGUUGUCUCCAAAGCAGAAACAGGAAUAAAAUAAUAAUAAAUAUAAAAAGAUUAUUUGUACUAUUUUACCCUUAUUUUCCUUGGAAGUCGUUGACUUCUAGUGUUUCUUAA